GUGUCCAGCUCGUCGACGGCCCAAGCAAGGCAAAACUCUGGUUGACCAUUUGUCGUGUCGCGUUCGUCCGUCGAACUCGAAAGUCUUCGAUUACACCUUUCAGUAGUUCCGCACUUCCGCUUCUCUCACACAGUCUCCUUUCUCCCUCACUGUUCCAGAUUCGCCGAGCCGAGACUAAGAACCCCAAAAUCCCAAGCGCUUUCAAGCUAAAACCCUAGGAACUUGAUCGCGCUUCUGAUUACUGGAAGCAAAGAGAAGAGUCGCGAAGCUUCUUUUCCCCUACUCAUCUUCCUGCUUUUUUUUCUCUCGCCGACCCAGCAAGCUUCCCGCUAAUGGCUUCCUCAGCGACGGCGACGGAGAGAAGGGGGAUACCAGGUGCUCAGUUCGUGGAAGAUGUGGAGACGUAUCUAACCCAAUCUGGACUCGAUGUCAACUCUGCCCUUUCCUUCCUUCAGGAGAGGCUUCAGCAGUACAGGGUUGUGGAGAUGAAGCUACUUGCUCAGCAAAGGGAUCUUCAGGCGAAGAUCCCUGAUAUUGAGAAAUGCUUGGAUGUGGUUGCCACUUUGCAGUCUAAGAAGGGUACUGGUGAGGCACUUAUUGCUGACUUUGAAAUUGCCGAAGGCAUCUACUCACGUGCUUCCAUUGAUGAAAGUGACUUGGUUUGUUUAUGGCUGGGAGCAAAUGUCAUGUUGGAGUAUUCAUGUGAAGAGGCCACUGCCCUACUGCAGAAGAAUUUAGAGAACGCUAAAGCUAGUUUAGAAGUCCUUAUUGCUGAUUUGCAGUUUCUGAGGGAUCAGGUCACAAUAACACAGGUCACAGUCGCGCGGGUGUAUAAUUGGGAUGUUCAUCAGCGUAGAUUGAGACAAUCCACUGCCGCGGUUAAGGAAACGUGAGCCAUGGAUCAUUAAGACUUGUGGACUAUCAGUGUAGAUUGAGACAGGCCAAUGAUGUCUGACUUUGAAAAAUGACUUCUCUUUGUGGUAUGUGAGGAAUUAUUUUCGGAUGAGUUUGUCUUCUCCACAUCUACUACUACCAUUUGUUCCCCAUCCCAUCUUUACUCAGGAGCAGUUUUGGUGCCUGAAAGGAUAUCGCCUGAGUUGUAAGGUGUGUUUGAGUGGGCUCUUGGCAUUGAACAAGAGUCUGCAGCUAAUUAAUGCUUUUGGGAGAUUGACGGGAUGAAAGCGGUCUUAGUAGGAUGGAGUUUGAAUCUGAAAACUGCAGUUGUGAAUUUGUGAUCUGGGAGCAGAUGUAUGGCACAGAGCUCAGGUGGGUGUAACUCAUCAUCUGCUCCAUACUCCAUCAUCUGUGUUGGUUCAGCAAGCACUCUAUUCGUGCACAAGCCAAAGUCAAUUUAAAGCUGUCGUAUUAUCACUCUCUGGCAGUUUGGCAGUUAAAACUGCUGUCCUAGAUUUGAAUGGUACGUUUCCCUACACGAAUCAAGGUACAACACUUGG